GCUGACGAUGUGGAGAAGAGAGUGGACCCUACCCUAUAUAGAAGUAGACGCCAGAUAAAACCGUCACGUGGUAACUUCUAGCUAAAACCACGUACUCACGUGACUUCACUUGCACAUGUGCACACGGUAAUGAAGUGAUUACGUAAUGGCAUAUAGCUGGAAUGUCCCCACAGAAAUCAUUGAAUUACACAAUGAAAUGGUCUAUAAACUUGACAAUGAAAUGGAUAGCGGCGCCGUUUAUCGGCUAAAAUACUUGUUUAAUGGAAUUCCUUUUACUCCCAAGGACUUAAGUAGUAUUGAUGACAUGCCUAACCUCAUUGACUGUCUUAUGAAGUACGAAACAAUUCAGUAUGGACAAUAUGGGCCAUUAACUGACAAACUAGAAAAAGUUAACAAACAAAUGAGGACAAUGGUCAAAAAAUAUACAGAGAAAAUGGCCGCCAUAACAGGAACAAGAGGGAAUCCCACUGCACAUGAAAGGACAGACCAAGCAAGGUUUUACAAGAGGAUCCGAUCAGGAGCUGAUAUGCAAACCUAUCAUCAACCUGACAGACCAGAUACAGAAGGUGCCAGCACGUACCAUGGGAGCCAGGAGGAGGACGAUAUGCAAGUUGUUGAGGCCACAGAUCAAAAUCUCAGAACUGAGAGAGAUUGGCAAUUCUAUCUGGAUUGGUUGUCGGAAAAAAUUCAUGAUGAAAUAAGCACUGUUGCAACUCAUCUUUCAAUCUCAUCGGAUCAACAGAAACGGAUUGAAAAAGAUAAUAAUACCGUUCAUGAAAAGUGCUUUCACAUGUUAUGGGAAUGGUUUCGGAGCAGAAAAAACAAUAUGGACAAAGUAGAGGACUUGCACCAGGCAUUAACGUUUGCGGAGAGAGCAGACAUAUUGGAAGACCCAAUGCCACAACCAGCAAUGUACCGGUUUCAAAGCAAUAGCAUUCCACACCCAAACAAAACUCUGACUGAAUUGGACUUAUUGAAAGUGUCCAACGAAAUAGGAGCACAAUAUCCAUCGCUGGCAAGAUACUUCCGAAUCAAUGAAAGCGAAAUACAUGCCUCAAAAUAUAAUAAGGAUGAAAUAAAGGCUCAAGCAAGGGACGUUCUUCUGAAAUGUCUCAAAUCAACACUUCUACAAACACGGCAGCAGCUAUGUGAUGGCCUUCAUUAUAAAAACCGCAGAGAUAUAAUUGAUUUGUUGGUUCAGAGAUGGAGUUCAUCUUGAAAGCAACACAAUCAUUUUAAUGCUGAUAGCUCAUUUUCUUGUACUUACGUGGGGGCUUGGGGUAAAGAUUUUAUAGAAUAAGAAAUACUUUGCCUUUAUACAAGUUUUGGCAUCAUCCAAAGUCAUUAAUGGGUGGAAUCAGUAAUGAAAUCACAAAUAUAUAAAGGCAGUGUUAUUAAUUAAUUACCUGUCAGGGGCAUAGCUGGGCCUUGCUUAAGUGGAUUCAGGAGUGCCGUAUGCUUUGAGUCCGAAAGUUUUGGAAAAUUUUGAAGUUUUGAAACUAUUAAAAUGGAGUUCAAGCAAAGUCGAUGGUUUGGCUUUUCCCCCAGUAAACAAUUUUUUUUAUGAAAAAUUAAGUGGAUUCACCUGCGUACUUGUGUACAGGCAGCUACGCACCUGGCUGUGGUCAUCAAGUGUAACUGUCCAUUUCGAUUAUUUUUAUAUGUUUUGUGAUCUUAUUAAUAAAAAUAAGUUUAUAUUU